GCAAAGCGGACGAUACUGAUCUGUAUAGCCAAUUGACACUGAACUGACUGCUUUAACCUGACUGACAUAACGGAUUUGAAAACAGAGCGGACACGGGUGGCGAGCGUGUGGGGCUCCUUCUCAUGGACGACGAAGAGGAUGAUGUGUUCAGGAUUGCCGCACAGUACUGGCCACACUCCCUCCGUGAGAUAAAGCAAGAAGAGCGUGGCACACAGACUGCAGGGCGGCCACUGGCGAGGCCCAACGGCAUGCUGCCGUGCGGCGUGUCCGAAGAGCCCCGACGCCUCUUCUACGGUAGUGCAGGACUGCUCCUGCUAGCACCACCUGCACGCCCCAACAGUGCAGACGACGCCAUGCUCCCAGAGAACCAGCUGGCUGUGGAGCCUCCCCGGCGGAGGCCCCUCCAUAGCGUGGAGGCCAGCAUUGGUCAAAAGCUCCAGAUGAUUGGCGACCAGUUCUAUCAAGAACACAUGCUGCAACACCGAAACCAAAGGAACCAUCAGCCAUUUUGGUUGCGUUUGGCCUCUGCAUUGUAUGUGCUCCUGUUUGAGAGGGAGCCUGCAGCUCGCUGGAGGGGGGUGGACCAGAGGUGCCAGGCACAAGUGCCCAAGUGUAUUUUUUACUCAAAGGAUUGCAUGCACACCACGGUGUCCAGUAUUAGUUUGACGGAGGGGUUCAUACAGAGGAAGUGCUGGAGCGUGAUGUCCGCACAUUUAUUUCGACUGCUUAAGACGAACUUCAGGUUCAAGAUAAAAACCUGACAGUUGGGUCUAUCUGUGAUCGAAACCAACAGUGUCUUGAAAGUAGUUUAGUCCAUUGUUAGUUUCAGUUUUUAAGGGGAAUUUGGUUAAUAAUUGUGUGAGCAAAUCCCCCCUCCCCCCUUAGUUUCUGGUUUUCACCCUGGAAUUACUAAUGCAUUUUGUACUCCUGUGAAAAAUCCAAUGAGAAUAAGGGCUUUCUUAAUGUAAUCAGGCCUUCACUUUUUAUUUAGAUAGGGAAAAAAAACUCCUUAUGUUGGUUCUAUUAAUUGGCAUUCUAAAUGAAAUAAAUGUCUGCUUUUUUAAUCUACAGAAACCUAUUAUUUUAAGUUGUUUUUGAUCCUAAAAUGCCUUUUUGUUAAUUCAGAUUCAACAAAGUCUUGAGGCUCACACAUUCUCUGUAUACCAAGAAAUGAGACCCAGCGAAAAUGUAGCAUUUUUGUAAACAUUGACUGUGUGUCUUCGAGACUGAACUGUGCACUCUAACUUUUUUUAAAUGUUGAUACAGUAUGGAAGUUUUAGACAAUUUGUUAUCUAGUGCAAUAUGCUGUAUAUAAGAGCUUUGCUCUACAAAAAGCAGUUUCUGAAUC